CAGAGUCUAAAACUGAACAAAGGCUCUCAGUAAAUAAAUGUAGCCUAGAGCAUUGCUGUAACCAGGAUCAAUGUAAAACGGACCUCAUCAGCAUUUUGUGCGUGAUGGACGAAAAAGACGAAGAUAUAGACACCUUUGACCCCAGCCUUCCUGAGGAGGGUCCGUCUGCUCCGCCCCCAGGCUGGCUGGACAGUGUAACAGGCUACGAAGAACACAAAGGCGGAGGUGAAAGAGCUUCAUGUGUAUCACUCGUACAUUAGAGAUAAACUGAUAACAACAGUCCAAUAACAGCCCAAAACAAAGACUGUACAGAUCAAAUCUGUCCUCCUCCACCAGACUUUGUCCCUAAGCCUGAAAAUGACAAGAAUGCCUCAGUCCCAAAUGUCAUGGUUCCCACUGUCUCAGAGGAUGUAGCGAGAGACGCUCUACUCCAGUUUGUGGGUAAAAAAUGGACAUACAGCAGCAAACCUGCCAAAAACCUGAUGUUCAAAGAGCUGAAGCCUUUUACAGUUUACCGUUACCGCUUGGAAACAUUUACAGAGUCCAGAUCAAGUGCGUGGGAAUCGGAGCCGCACACAGGUCAGUGUGUGGAUGGGCCUCAGAAUGGAGUGAGUCCUCCACCAUGGCACGUCCAGGUGUCUUACCCACCCAAAUUUACUGACGCCAUUCAGAAAGUCAGGGUCCCACACUCUUCAUUCAUAAAGCCUUGCCACCGUUGUCAUGGUAACGGCAAAGUCAGGUGUACACACUGCCACGGACGAGGACUGACUCGCUGUAUGUUCUGUCACGGCUCUGGUCACAGUCGCAACCGACGGUGCACGACCUGCCAUGGAAGGGGAAGAAAAAGGUGUGUGUCUUGUCAUGGAAAGGGUUACAAAGGCUGUCUCACGUGUAACGGCCACAGAAACCUUGUGCAUUUCAUACAACUCACCAUUACAUGGAAGAACCAGGUGUUUGAGUUUAUACCCGACCGAGUGCCUGAAUUCCCACUGAAGAAGUUUGAGAAGGUGUCUGGGGAAGCGUUCUUUGUAGAUGAAAACCUCCUGGUUUAUCCGAUAGAGGGCUUCCCUGACCAGGACAUCUGCGAUGCCUCAAAAAGAGCGAUUCAGAAUCACCUGCUGAAAUAUUCUGCUGUGAGCCGCAUCUUGCAGCAGCGUCAAACGAUCGAGCUGGUUCCUCUCACUCAUGUAUAUUACGCCUACAGUGGGAAAGACUACGAUUACUUUGUUUUUGGGAGAGAAAACAAGGUUCACACUACAAAAUACCCCACUUCCUGCAGCAUUUUGUAGUAACUCUAUUUGUUUUGUCCAAAAUCAUCUUAUAAUAAUUCAUACAUUUUUAUAACUUGUAAAUUACACAUUAUACAGUAUAUAAACUAUUUAUAUUUUAAUAUUGAUUAAAUGAAAAAUUACUAAAUGCUUAGUGGCCUAAUAAAGGCCCUUUUCAUUCUCUCAUAUAAGCAUAUCACAGCAUGUUUUUUAACCUACUGUUUAUAUAUGUUUAUAUAUAUAUAUAUAUAAUGACAUUAAAUUAUUUUUGAUUACAA